AUUUUUACCACCGUCCGUUUCGGUUACCUGUUCAAAGGUACUUGUAAAAUUCAAACUAGAAGUAGCUUUUUAGCAGGAGUAGUGUUCCAUCCAUGCGGAGGCGAUGGUAGAGCCUACACCGAAGAUCUUGUUUACAUACGAAAGCAUGUAGGGGCCAAGCAGUAGUCAGUUAGUGUUUUGUGAGCUGAUUUCGAACACAAGUUGCUUGCAGUCGUAGUGUUUGUCAUACAUACUGUACACGUAUGCUAAUUCAUGUGUAUUAGCUGCGCAAAGUUUUCGAUGCCUUUUAUUUGGCUUCGAACCGAUCUUGCGAUGAAAAAAAUCUAGUAAUCGAACUGUGCCCCAGAUUUGACCCAGCCAAUACGGUUCGUUUCCCACUUAUGACGGUCUUAGCAGGAAGUGAUCGGUGUCAAACAACACCUGUUGGCUAAUUUAGUCUGAAAAAAAAAAGAAAAGAAACGAAAAUAACACUUCAUCGGCAUGUCAAAACGUCAUCGGAGAAAGCUUCCUUCAGUCGAUGUCUCAGUUCUCGAGCAACCACUAAAUCUCGGAGAAAGCGAUGCCGUUGUCCUUGCCAAGGCCUUGCGUGAUGGUACAUCCGAAAUUCAGCAUGUUCUAGUCAACGAAUGCAACGUCAUACUGGAGUGCCGAGUGUGUCGGGCUUUGUUUCGCUCGCUGGCAAAUCUGCUUUCGCACAAGAGACAUUAUUGCCGAGCUAGCCAUUCGGAUAGACCAGCGGUAGCUGUUGGUGGACGGAAUCCUGAAAUUACACAAAUCGUACCUGUUUCUAGCUCUGUAGCAGCACCAACUCAUGUUGUCAGACAUCGCGAUACCUUGGAACACGCGUCUUCAGAUAGGUUAGCGAGUUCUCAUCAAGAGAAUUCUCGAGACCAGAGCCGAAAACACACACCAGCGGUUAAACGUCGCACAGAUACGGCUGUAUUGACGGUGACACGAAAUUCUCGAGAAGAGCCUAAAUCAGAGGAACGGGUGCUAUCGACUAAGCCAGCAGAAGGUUCAACAAAGUUUGGAACAGCCACGCCCCUUGACUCAACUUCUGCCACAGUCAGUCAACUCGAUGCCGAAGACUCUCCGAAACCUCUAGGUCAGGUACAACGUCUCUCAGUCAGUUCUGCUUCAUCAAAACUGGGCAGCGAUUUUGUUGUCGAUGGAGCAGAAACCCUUUCAUCGAAAUCAAUUGAAAACGACCAUUGUACGGAUAUCUGUAUGCGUACCUGGCAGUGUUUUACGUGUCAUCUCGCUUUUGAUAAUAGCUACCGAAUGCGACGGCAUCUCGUCUACGAUCAUGGAACUGAAGUACGGUACCAUUUGUGCCCGCGAUGCGGAUUUGAGCGCGAGUACUUUUUUGAGGUUAUGCGACACCUCCAUACAGAGCACGGCCUCGGAGCGAAGCAGCUGGCUGAUCUAAGGGAGGACGUCCAAGACCGGGUGCGCUACAGACCGAGACAGAACUCAUUGUUGGGGUUAUCUAAUGAACAUUAAGUGACACGAAACUUUGAGAGAAAGCUUGAUAUUCUGAACUGGUCCAAGAAACACCAGAACUUUCGGUAAUAAGUUAAAGCAAAAUUUUUACAUAACUUAUUUUUAAAAUGAGAUGCCAUUUGAAGAAUAUUGUUAUAUAUUGACAAAUCUGUCGCAGAUCCCCAGUCGUUUAUCCUAUGAGAAGACUUUCAUACUUAAACAUUGGGCUAACGAUAUAUCACAGAAAUAUCAUUCCGUUGGAGCUAAUCAGCAUUCUUAGUUCCAUUUAUGCCCUACGUACUGCUGAUGCAGGACAAUUAUGACAUUUCUCAAUGAACGUUGACUUCUUAUGGGACUUCAUACUACGGGUUUUGCAUUUUUGCAGGAUCGACAAAUCUUUGUCAUACGCACACGAGUAAAAUGUGCUCAUGAACAAAUAGUUUAUAAUCUCAUAGUUUUGUAUAAUAUUAAUUGUAGAAUCAAUUCGAUCGGAAAAAUCGUACUAUUCCGUUGGGUUGUAAUUACAAUUUCGUACUUAGCAAGCGAUGAUCGAAAUAUUAUAUUGUACGUCGCCGUCUACAUCGCUUGAACCGUUUAAUUCUAUAUCGUUCGUUUGAAACUUUCACGCCAAAAUUUCCUGUGAUACCUAUAAUAUUGUAUAUCGCUUAUUCACACUAUCAAUCCAUGUACUGUAUUUCUGCGAUGUGUAGUCUUAAAAAAGCUGCAAUUGUGAAUCAUUAGCAGAUGUACUCUGUGGUGGUCGAGAUUUUACGCUUCAGGUACUACCAUAGUUGAAAGAGCAGGCGUGAAUGACGUGUUUUAAAAUGAAAUUAAUAAUAGGGGUCAUAUUAAAAAUGUUACGAUAAAAAUCUAACGCUGUUUUUGACAAAACUAGGGGGUGUUAGCUCAAAGUAAUUUGAGCCAGACUACAUGUGUCUAGACCGCUGUCAAUUUCUCGAUGAUUAUUUCGAUGAUUUAAAAUGUUCAUGUUUACAAAUGUAAAAUUAUUUCGAAUGUCGACGUGAGGUCUUGGACGCCAAGUCUCUGGUUCAAAGUAUUAGGGGUCGCUGCUUCAAGUUCCGCCAACGACAGAUGCAGCUACACAGCCUAUAUGAAUAGAAGGGUUUUUCAUUUUUUUUUUUCAAAUCAUGGAGAGAAAGACUACAGUUUUGAAGGGGCAAGGUGUAAAAAAUAGGUAAGCCUUUUGGCACCGCCAAGGCUUUGUGUAAAUGCCCGUCUGAGCGGGUCUUUUGAAUCGAUAUGUUUUCGUAUUAGAUAACCUGAACUGGUUGCCUGACACUCUCGGAAGUGUUAUUUCACUGUGCUUUACUAAUGCACGAUUCGAGUUAGCCAAGUGCAUUUGCUCAUCAUUGUAACGUGCUUAGUACGUCUUAAUUGUGUGUCGAAUUGUAGAAAAGCGAAAUAAACAUGAUGCUACAUUAUGCCGUUUUUGGAUGAAAACUGUUUCUUUUGAACUGUCAGGUUGGUCCUUUUAUACGAUACAAUUAGGCUGUCUAGAA